AUGCUUUCAGACUCGGCAGACGAGAGCAUGAGAAAAGUGAAUAGCGAUGAUUUUAUGGAGGAAGGCAUGUCUGAUGACGAACUGCUUAAAGUGUCUCAAAAAAGGAAAAAUAUUGAGUCUGUUAAAAAGAACAAAAAAACAAGAAAACCGAUCAUGAGGAAGACCCCAGAGUCAGAGAGUGACUUCUCUUUUACACAGGACUCUCAGUCGCCGUACUCCCCGGCUCAGAUCAAAACCUUCCUGGCACAGAUUAAAGGCUCCAGGCUGCCCAAUGUAAGAGAGUAUUUCCCAGACCUGCGCUCUUUUAUGAAGUCUGCCAGACCCCUCACCAGAAAGAGCCAUGGGGAGGAGGUUUUAACAGAACAAGAGGUCUUCAGACUCAAAAAGGUUUUACAGAGGGUAAAAGAGCAAUUCAUCAGUGACGAAGAUGAGUUUUAG